UUCUUGGAAGAGUGAGACAGACAGAACAGAGGAUGGAAGAGGAGAGAGAACAAGAGGAGAAGGAAGCCUUACAAAUACACGAUGGAGCCGAAGACGGUGCCAGCCGAGAGCCAACUUCUGAACGCCGAAAGAGGCUGCUUUUGCAGGCGGGAUUGGCUAGUCUGGCGGGUUUGGGGAACUUCACCAUGGGCGCGUCACAGCCCUGGCCUUCCCCUGGACUGGCAGACAUGGACGUUAACAACAGGACGCUCGUCGGCACGGAGAUCUCGCUCAGUCUCGCCCAGAAGGAUAUGACAGGGAGUCUCAUGUAUUUCGGUUCUCUGUUCGGAUCAUGGGCGUCGGGCUGGAUCAUGGGCGUGAUUGGACGUCGACGUACCCAUCAGAUCAACGCCCUGCCUUUCUUCGUGGGUUGGAUCCUUGUGGCCUUCGCUCCUUACGCCGAAGUGCUUCUGGCCGGGAGGUUCGUGCUGGGCCUGGCGGUGGGCUCCGUUAUGGUCACCGGGAUGUCGUACGUCCUGGAAGUAGCCGACACGAGCGUCCGUGGCAUGAUGUCGCUCAUACCCAACCUGGGCACGGUGCUGGGCGGGCAGUACACCUUCUGGCUGGGCACCGUGUUACAAUGGCACCACCUGGCGAUCGUGUGUUCCCUGCCUCUCUACCUCAUCCUCUUGGGCUCCUUCCUGCUGCCGGAGUCCCCGUCCUACCUGGUCGUCUGCGGGCGGCACGGGGAAGCCUCGCGUGUCCUGCGGCGCUUGCGGGGUCCUCACAGCGACGUCCAGGCGGAGAUCGAAGAGCUCGAGAGACGCAACAGCGCCGAGACGGGGAGGAAGAUCGGCCUGAGGGACCUGGCGAAGGGACAGGUGUGGCGCCGCAUGCUGGUGGUGGUGAUAAGCUUCCUCCUGCAGCAGCUGUGCGGAAACGUCGUGCUCAAGAUCCAGACGACGCGCGUCCUGCAGGCUGCCGGACCGCCGCCCCUCGACCCCAAACUCGCGUCGGGGAUCAUCGUCAUCAUGAGGAUCGCCGGCGUGCUCGUCUCCUUCUUCCUGUGGGACUCCAUCGGGCGCCGUCUGUGCCUCGUGAUCUCGCACGCCAUGAACGCCGCGGCGCUCCUCUUCCUCGGCACCUUCGUGUACCUGGUGGACAACGCGGACCCGGGGGAUGACACCUACCUUAGUUACAAUUGGAUACCGAUGGUGUGCUUGGCCAUAGCGCUCUUUGCCGGGGAUAUUGGCAUCGACCCAAUCCCGUACAUCCUCUCCGCUGAAUAUUUCCCUACCAAGAUCCGAACUCAGGUCUCGUCCAUGUGCAUCGUCAGCGGAACCAUCUUCGCCAUUGGAGCUCUGCAACUGUACAGCCCUAUGAUCGCCCUCCUGACACAGCCGGGGUUAUACUGGUUCUAUGGAGGCACCAGCGUCGUUGCUACUGUCUUCUCCCUCGUCGCUGUGACGGAGACGAAGGCGCAGCCGGUGGGGUGAACGUGGAGGGACGAAAGACUCCUGUAGGGGAGGUGGAAGAAAGGGGACAGGAAGCGAUGAAUCCUGAUUUUUAUUUAUCUUUUAUUAUUAUCAUUUUAUUAUUAUUGUUUUUAUUUUUUUUGACAUUCCAUGCAUCAUUCGUAUCAUACCAGAUUACUUUUGGAAGGUUAUAAACUUUCUUGCAUCCAGCUUUCAUAUAGACAUUUUCGAAUCACGUGCACUGUAUGCCAAAUGACAAUAUACUUUUACAUAGAUUUAAACUGUAUACUACCUGUAUUUUUUUUACAUGACUGAAAUAUGGGUACACAAUUGCACUGACUGAAAGAAACAACAACUAAUGUUAUAAGUGUAUUAGCAAAAGUAUAGCUCGAAAAAAAUAUAUAUAUAAUUUUCAGAACAAUUGAACAGGUCAGUAUGGAAUAAUCGAAGAAUUUAUAUCCAUUCUUAUAAAAAAAUAAAUAAAUUACUAAAUUAAAAGUAAAGCAGUAUUAGUACGCCUUGACUGCUCAGUGUAUUCAGGUGGUAGUUUUAACAGGGAAAAACUCAGUAUUAACGCGAGCUGUGUUUGUCGGUCUCGCGUAAACCGAUGUAUUAUAUUUUUUAUUGAGGUUUUUAGGUCUUGCUAUGUAACAUUGUUUAAAGAAA